AAACGCCGGAGCCUAGAGGAGGGGCGCUUUCCCUCAACAGGAAGCACUGGGAAUCAAAAAAGGAAGGGACUGCGGGGACCGGGUCCAGCCCCCUUUUGCGUUCCUCUCACGUUGCGAUGGAUGUUUUUUUAAUUGCGAUUGAAUCGUGCGGUGCAGCGCUAGACGGGUUGCAAGUCGGAAGCGACGCCUUUUGAGAACGGCUCCCUAAUUCCCGAGGCGAUCGCUCCUGCUGAUAUGUGAACUCGCUCUCGGGCCUCGGCCUCCCCUUGGUUGCAGAAGUAAAGUUUAUCCUAAACCAAGAACCCUGAUAAACACAGAAAAAAACUUCCUUUGCAGGAAUGAGGUUUUACCAUACCUGCAAGCUACCUGGAAGAAUUAUGGGUAUCCGGCUACUUCACUUUUCUUCUAUAGUGAUUUUUUUGCUGCUUCUGGUGGCAGGUGCAUUAACAGCUUUACUACCUAAUAUUAAGGAAGAUAAAAUGAUCACUCUGCGAAGGGAGAGAAAAUCCCAAAGCCAGUUGGCUUCAGAUUCAUUUACUCUUAUUAUGCAGACAUACAAUAGAACAGACUUACUCUUGAAGCUUUUAAAUCACUAUCAAGCCAUGCCUCACCUACAAAAAGUGAUAGUUGUGUGGAAUAAUGUUGGGGAGAAAGCACCUGAAGAAACAUGGAAUACUUUGGGACCUCAUCCUGUCCCUGUCAUCUUCAAAGUGCAAACCGUAAAUCACAUGAGGAAUAGACUUCAGGUUUUCCCGGAGCUGGAAACAAAAGCUGUUUUGAUGAUGGAUGAUGAUACCCUAGUUAGCGCCUAUGACCUAGUUUUCGCUUUCUCCAUUUGGCAGCAAUUUCCAGAUCAGAUUGUUGGAUUUGUUCCCAGAAAGCACAUCCCCAGCCCUGCAGGGAUUUUCAGCUAUGGGAGUUUUGAACUUCAGGGUCCUGUCACUGGUAAUGGAGACCAAUAUUCAAUGAUCCUAAUAGGAGCUGCCUUCUUCAACAGCGCAUAUCUAGAACUUUUUCAAAAGCAGCCUGAAACUGUGCACGCUAUGAUCGAUGAGACUCAAAAUUGUGACGAUAUCGCCAUGAAUUUCUUGGUAGCCAAGCAUAUUGGAAAGCCAUCGGGUAUGUUUGUGAAGCCAGUAGACAUCAGGAAUUUAGAAAAAGAAAGCAACAGUGGUUAUUCUGGGAUGUGGCACCGGGCAGAACACUUGCUGCAAAGGUCCUACUGCCUUAAUAAAUUGGCUAGCAUCUACGGCAACAUGCCUUUAAAAUAUUCUAAUAUUAUGAUUUCUCAGUUUGGUUUUCCAAACUAUGCUAAUCACAAGAAUAAAGUAUAAAAAUAUGCUCCAGUAAAUGCUUCAACGUGCUUCUCGGCAAUUCAAAUAAUAUAUCAAUCAAGUAGGGAAGUCUGUCAAGAAAUCUGUUGGGUACUCAUUAUUUGGAGCUAAUUUCUGGAAGUGCUCUUUGGGGAUGUAAAGUCUGGGUGAAACAUUCCAUCUCUUGUACUCAGCAUGUGAAAACUUUUUAGUUGGCUUCGCUAUUUAUCCCCAUUUCAGGCAGCCUCUCCCCCACCCCCCCAACACUUGAAUGCAGAUUGUCCCAGAAAGCCAUGUGCAUUCACGUCAUCGAUAUUGCAAAUAUACAGUAUCUCCAGCCACAGUGUGUAAGCCAACAACCAUUUUUCAUUUUCAGCCUGCCUGCCUGUUCAAAUAUGCCAAUAAAAGGAAGCAAUGCAUAAAUUCUCCAUAAAAUGGUAGCAUUGUUUUUUCUUCACACAUCUGUACAACGAGGCUACACUUGAUUUUUAUAGCAGAUAUUGCUCCAGUGACACUCAAUAGUUUCACCCACAGAAAUAAUGAAAUAUUUUCUGUGGAAUAACUUGAUGAUUUGAGAACAUUUACAAUAACAUUAUUUUCUUCCCCUAUCCACAGAUAAAUAAUAUUUUUAAAAAAAACAUGGUGAAAUAUUUGACACAAAUACAUUAUCUUUAUCUUGAGACAUGUGAAGAGUUUGCCCUCAUCUUCCACUAAUCUUUAAUAAAAAUUGUUUGAAUUUUGAAGGCAGUGCUAUUUUAUGUCUUAAGCCAAGAGCUAAAUAAUUUGCAGCGUUUUUUUUUAACAUAAUGAUAAAAUGUUUCUGAAUUUAUACAACUUAUAAUAUCUAGGUGAAUAUUCAAUCUGAAAUCUUUCUGUAACUCUAAAAUAAAAUGUUUAAUCCCUUGUCUAUCGGUAAAAGCUAAUAAAGGCAGUUACAAGAUUGGGAUUUUUUUCCAUGCAAAUCGUAAUUCAGAAUGCAGCACUUCUGACAGAAAUUUGAAAAGCUCCUAGCAUUUCAAGUUGCUAUCUUCUCUGUAAACUACACAUUUGUAUAUACAAGAACAGCAAUUGUGUUUUCAACUCUAUAUACUCCAUAGAAACCAAGUCUGAGAUCUAGAGAUCCUAUAUAAUCCAUAUUCUUUUUUUUUUUUUUUUCUUUUUCAAAGAAUCAACCCCCCUCCAUCCAAAGCUGUUCAAUCCAUAUUUUAAUAUCCAACUUCUUUAUACUGAAUAUUUGCCACUACCAAAAGAACCCCCCAUUUUAUCUGUGCAAUAUUUUGAUCGGAUUAAAAAGAUUAAGCAUAGAUUACUAUACAAAAGCUGCAGCCAACAUCUGCAACAGUGAUCUGGGGCAGCUCACAGUAUGUUGGCAGAACAUAGAGACCAAAGUAAGAAAUUGUAUCAAAGUUUACUCAGCCUACAAUCAAUCUGAGUUCAAUUGCAAUUUUUUUUAUUUGAAUGCACAUUUUUUUUCAGGCUCGUGUAUCUGAAACUGGUGGCUUAUUGCUGCUUUCAAGUUAAUAAAAUGAAUAUUAGUAUUUGGUUUGGGAACAGGUUGUGCUACCUUGUAUAUUAAGGUGCCAUAUUUGUGUUCAUUCACUUAGGCUUAUUCUGUAUCUGAAUUUGUAUAUUUCUUUUCCUUCUGCUCAAUAAUUUUCAAUCUGUUGAAAAAAAAAAUGUAUGAUUUAGAAUUCAGUGGUUCCUGGAGAUGUAACUGCCUAGUUCAGUUGUAUUUUGAUGUAUUUUGUAAAUUCAGAAGUUGCACAUUUUUCUCUUUUAUAGUCAUAUUGUUGGGAUAUUAGUUCUUUCAUCUUUAUUUUUUAAAAGAACUGCUAAUAAAAAUGUGUAAUAAUGAGAAA